UCAGCGCUGACUGAGGCUGCAGCUCAGAUCUAGGCUGGCUGCCAGCCCAGCGCUCUUCUCCACGCUGUUGCGGUUCCUCUGCGCGUCCGCCACUGUCCCUGCGCCGACAUGCGCCUGGCUACAGCCGCGAACGAGGCGUAUACGGCGUCUCUGGCCGUCUCGGAGCUGCUGGGCUGCAAGCAGUGUGGUGGGAGCCGCGGCCAGGACGAGGAACUUGGAAUUAGAAUUCCUCGACCACUAGGACACGGACCAAGCAGAUUCAUCCCAGAAAAGGAGAUUCUCCAAGUGGGGAGUGAAGACGCACAGAUGCAUACUUUAUUUACAGAUUCUUUUGCUGCUUUGGGUCGUUUGGAUAAUAUUACCUUAGUGAUGGUUUUUCACCCACAGUAUUUAGAAAGUUUCUUAAAAACUCAACACUAUCUACUGCAAAUGGAUGGGCCAUUACCCCUUCAUUAUCGGCACUACAUUGGAAUAAUGGCUGCAGCAAGACAUCAGUGCUCCUAUUUAGUGAAUCUCCAUGUAAAUGAUUUCCUUCAUGUUGGUGGAGACCCCAAGUGGCUUAAUGGUUUAGAGAAUGCUCCUCAAAAACUACAGAAUUUAGGAGAACUUAACAAAGUGUUAGCCCAUAGACCUUGGCUUAUUACCAAAGAACAUAUUGAGGGGCUUUUAAAAGCUGAAGAGCAUAGCUGGUCCCUUGCAGAACUGGUACAUGCAGUAGUUCUCCUCACACACUAUCAUUCUCUUGCCUCGUUCACAUUUGGCUGUGGGAUCAGCCCAGAGAUUCACUGUGACGGCGGCCACACAUUCAGACCGCCUUCUGUUAGUAACUACUGCGUCUGUGACAUCACAAACGGCAAUCACAGUGUGGAUGAGAUGCAGGUCAACUCAGCAGGCAAUGUUUCGGUAAGUGAUUCCUUCUUUGAGGUUGAAGCCCUCAUGGAAAAGAUGAAGCAGUUACAGGAAUGUCGAGAAGAAGAGGAGGCAAGUCAGGAAGAGAUGGCUUCACGUUUUGAAAUAGAAAAAAGAGAGAGCAUGUUUGUCUUCUCUUCAGAUGAUGAUGAAGUUACACCAGCAAGAGAUGUAUCACGUCACUUUGAGGAUACUAGUUAUGGCUAUAAGGAUUUCUCUAGACAUGGAAUGCACGUCCCAACAUUUCGAGUCCAGGACUAUUGCUGGGAAGACCAUGGUUAUUCUUUGGUAAAUCGUCUUUAUCCAGAUGUAGGACAGUUGAUUGAUGAAAAAUUUCACAUUGCUUACAAUCUUACUUAUAACACAAUGGCAAUGCACAAAGAUGUUGAUACCUCAAUGCUCAGACGGGCUAUUUGGAACUAUAUUCACUGCGUGUUUGGAAUCAGAUACGAUGACUAUGACUAUGGUGAAAUUAACCAGCUAUUGGAUCGUAGCUUUAAAGUUUAUAUCAAAACUGUUGUUUGCACUCCUGAAAAGGUUACCAAAAGAAUGUAUGAUAGCUUCUGGAGGCAGUUCAAGCACUCUGAGAAGGUUCAUGUUAAUCUGCUUCUUAUAGAAGCUAGGAUGCAAGCAGAACUCCUUUAUGCUCUGAGAGCCAUUACUCGCUAUAUGACCUGACGCCUUUCCUCCAUUAAAGAUGAUGGAACGAUCAGCAGAUAUAGUCUACAGGGGGAAGGUACUCAGCCCCAGGACCAAUGGUAGAUAAAAGAAUUCAAAAUCCAUUGUGCCAUGAUUCCUUUAGUUUCUGCUAUUUUACUGUGGAAACGCCACUGCUGGCACAAGCAGUGAGUGCUCGGCAGCUUCAAGUUUAGAGCUGUGAAGAAGGGCUGCUGUUCACAGUAUUUUGCUUUUUGACAGUACAAGAUGCUGUAUAACUUUUAAUACAGCAAAUAGUAUCUCUCCAAAUCCUGUUGCUUUUAUGUUAAAAAAAUAAGAUAACAAAAAUUGGAGCAUGCAAAGAAUGGGACUUUGAUAAUGAUGUAAGCUUUUAUACAUAAAGAAUUUUAGAUAUUGGUGCUGCUAUUCCUGCUGGUGGAAUGAACAGAGUGGCUGUUCCGGUUAAGCUAUUAGUAAUAAGGUGAACACUGCUACUAUCUGAGCCUACAUGCGUAAAAUUUGUGUGGUUUCAAAUUAAACUUACAUAUAUGUGUUAAUUUUUUUGCAUCUAAAAUUACUCACAGCUCAGCAAAGACCAUUAUGAUGGUAACAGCUCAUUUUUUUCAUAUAGUUUUUUUUUUAAUUCAGUUAUUGGAUGAUAUUAAAUUACAGUGGCAUUCUUAAAGACUUCUUCAAAAAGCAAUCUUACAUGAAAAAUGUAUAAAUUAUCUUUUGAUGUGCUGUUUCCCAAGGUUCUGUGACACUGGAGGGCAGCUGUCCUGUGUGGUGUUUUUGUUUCCACCACCAAAGUUAUGGGAAAUAUUAUGUAGCUGCUGCUCAGUCCCAGGUGCAUUCUGCCCACCUCAUGGUCCCCCCUUCAAAUAUUGUGCAGCUCCUUAAAUAAUAAAGCUGGAAAAUAUUUUUAGUCAGGUUAUCAAAUUUGAUUUACAAAAAAUGCUAACUUUGAAAUGCAAACAGGCUUGAGAAAUGUAUUAAGUACAUUGUAUUCUGGAAGCGUGAAUUGCUUUUGAAGUCUGUCAGUAUUAUUAGUAUUUUUCAAUAAAGAAUAAUUUUUCUCCAAUUUUA